UGCAAUAGCCUACUGAGAAAGCACGUUGCCGUACCUGAUAAAUUGACACAACAAGACUUCGUAGGGCGGGUCAGGGCGUGUUUUCUACAAAUGAUUAGCAAUGGUAGAAAAUCACCACACAUAUGUGAUUACACCCAGCUAUAAGUAUAUAAACGUUUUGACAUUCAAUGACUGAGGCUAUCGCUAAUGGAAGAGAUCGAAAAAAAGAGGGGUGAAUUGGCGAAUAGUUAUUUCCUUAUAGGCUACUCCAAUAAAUACAGUUGGUGUGGGUAGUCAGUUUCCUGUUUUCUUCGGAGCCGAGCUUAAAUAAUUGAUCACAUCUGGACUCUAAUAACAUCAGAGGCUGAGAUGCAAACCUUUCUGAAAGGCAAGCGAGUGGGCUACUGGCUCAGUGAUAAGAAGAUGAAGAAGCUGAAUUUUGUGGCCUUCGUGGACAUGUGCAGGAAACGAGGCAUAGAGAUGGUUCAGCUGGACCUUAGCCAGCCCCUGGAGGAGCAGGGUCCCUUGGACGUCAUCAUCCACAAACUGACUGACCUCAUCCUGGAGGCGGAGAAGAAUGACACGCAGGCCCUACUGCUUGUGCAGUGUGUGCAGGACUACAUCGAGGCUCACCCUGAGACCAUUGUGCUGGACCCCCUCCCUGCCAUUCGGACCCUGCUGGACCGUUGGCGCUCCUACCAGCUGAUCCACAGGAUAGAGAGCUGCAUGCAAGACAACAGGAUCUGUUCUCCUCCCUUCAUGGUCUUGAAUAGCGAGUACGGGCCGGACACCAUGAAGCAGAUUGAGAAGCACGGAAUCACCUUGCCGUUCAUUUGCAAAACGCGGGUGGCGCAUGGCACCAACUCUCAUGAGAUGGCUCUCAUCUUCAGCGAAGAGGACCUGAAGGACGUCAAGCCACCGUGCGUGAUCCAGAGCUUCAUCAACCACAACGCCGUGCUGUAUAAGGUGUUCGUGGUGGGAGAGUCCUACACUGUGGUGGAGCGGCCCUCGCUCAAGAACUUUCCCUCCGGACCUGCAGAGUUCUCAGGCACAGGGAGACUCAGCCAAUUGGGGAACAUGGAUGGGAGAUACCGCACGAGUACCACAAGAGUCCUGAAGCGAGAAGCGAUUUUCUUCAACAGUCAUAAUGUCUCCAAGCCAGAGUGUUCUUCAGACCUGACCUCUAGGGAUAACGUGGAGGGCGUGUUCCAGCUGCCCAGCGAUGACGUCAUCCGGGAACUUUCCAAGGCCGUGCGUCAGGCUCUCGGCGUGUCCUUGUUCGGUAUUGAUGUCAUCAUCAGCAACCAGACGGGCCAGCACGCGGUGAUCGACAUCAACGCUUUCCCAGGUUAUGAGGGAGUCCCCGAGUUCUUCACCGACCUCUUGAACCACAUCACCAGUUUACUGCAGGACCCGGUGCCUGAGAGCGCCCCCUCUGGGCAGCACAGGGACAGUGAGGCGGGCCAGACCCCUGCCACCGCGGUGCCAAGUGCCGGGCACCAGGACUCCAGCGGCAUUCUGGGUAAAGAUGGAGCCCGGAUGGUGGAGAACGAGGCAGCGAAAAAGGCCCAGGGCCAGAGGAGAGGCUGCAACUCUGCCCUGUCCACCAACUUCCAGCCGCACUGCCUGUGUCCCAGAGCAACCAAGGCCUCCUCCCAGUGACAAACACUGGACUCCUCCCCCUCACUGCCUGUGUCCCAGAGCAACCAAGGCCUCCUCCCACUGACAAACACUGGACUCCUCCCCCUCACUGCCUGUGUCCCAGAGCAACCAAGGCCUCCUCCCAGUGACAAAAACUGGACUCCUCCCCCUCACUGCCUGUGUCCCAGAGCAACCAAGGCCUCCUCCCACUGACAAACACUGGACUCCUCCCCCUCACUGCCUGUGUCCCAGAGCAAUCAAGGCCUCCUCCCAGUGACAAACACUAGACUCCUCCCCCAAUCGUCCUGGCCACACCCCAGACUAAUAACAGCUAAUAUGUCCUUAACCAGACAAAACUUUCCAAGGAUGAGGAAGGCGAAGAAGACGGAGAGUAGAUUCUGGCUUUUUAUUUCUCACUGUCUUUUGAUUUUUAUUCAGUUUUGUGGCGAUGCGGCAGAACUUUGGGAUCUCAGUGAAGCUUUGUUAUUGUCUUCUUCAUAUUCUUCUGGUACGAGUGAAAAUGCGUGUGUGUGUGUGUGUGUGUGUGUGUGUCUGUGUCUGUAUUGGGGGACGUGGGGCUGUUGCGUAGACAGCAGGAGGUCUUGGCACAUCCGGAAAGAGACCACACAAAGGGACAGCAUGUCCACUGAGACACAGAAGGCUCACCACGUCUCUCUCCUGUCGUGUGCGAAAACUUUACCUAACCCCCCCGCCCCCCGAUGGCCACACUUCUCUGUGGGUGGGUGCGUGUGGGCGUGCAUAUAUGAGGGAGAGGUUGUUUUUGUGCUUGUCUUGUUAUUUGAGAGAACAAUGCUCAAACUGCCACUGGUUGUCUCCGGAAAAUUCCACAGCAGACGCCUAAACUCGUCGCAGACAGACUGUCCCCAAACCACCUGCCUCAAUUUAUUCAGAGCAGUGAUUUAUGAGUGCAGAUGACUGUAAACUGCUCCUCUCUGAUUUGUAAAUCAUUUGAGUUGGGGGGGAAAAACUGAAAAACAAAUGUAUUUAAUGUUAUUGAAAGUAAUAUAAAAUGCUAAUUACAUUUUAUUGAAUCAACUUACAUUCCUUCAUGUGAGUAGUGUGAACAACAUAUAGGUAUAGAAUUAUUUAAUUUUAGGCAGUUUACUAGCCUGUUUUUUUUUUUCUUUAUUUUUUUUUUUCUUUAGGCUUAUGAUUUUUCUUGAAAACGUUUUACAUAGUGCUGUGGAAUUCCUGAUUUGACUUUUUGAAUCAAAUAAUGUGAUUUGAUACUAAAAGAAAAACAAUCCAUAACAACUUACCAAAAAUGUCCUGCACAUAUGUUUUUUUUUAAUUAUUUUGUGUUUGUGUGCAAUUGUGUGUCCUGUCCUUGUCACUCUUAUAUUUAGGGACCAUAGAAUGCUUCCAUAAGACCACCACUAACACUGUCCCAGGACUAAAGAGGAAUCCCAGAAAAUGUGUCUUCAGAUCUGUUCCCCAGCACCCCAAUCUCCCUGCAAUCCCUGUAACUCAGUAUCUCUGACUCUCAUACACCCCAAUGGCCUGUCCUUCAGGACAGAGAUGGAGAGUCCAGGGGUCAGAAUGUAAAAGUCCUGCGAUGUGUUUCUUCCACCCAUGACCUCACCCAGCUCAUUUUAUUUCUACCCUUUGGCUGAAUAAUUGUGUCAAUUGACAAAUCCAGAUGAUUAGAACAAAAUACUGGGGAGGAGUUUAACUGUCUGAACCUGGAUAUCCACUCUGGUUUAAGUGUCACUUAAUCCCAGACGUCUGUCUCUUUUUCCCUCUGGUAGGCUUUUCUUUGGUUGGGCAUCACAACAAACAAACAGUUCUUCCUUUGAAAACUUGGAACUCUUCAGUUGUAUAGAUACCUAACUACUAAGAAUGGAGAUUAUUUUGAAUAAUUUUUUGUAUAAUUUACAUUUGUGCAUGCGCCCACAGAGCUUGGGUAAGCACUGGGUAAUUGGGAGAGAGGCGUGUUCUCAGGGACGGUUCUCAGAAGAGAGAUUGACAGCUCCAUACACGUAGAAGCUCUUGUGUUUUCUACUCUUCCAUGGCGCAUCAAGGGGAACCCCAGUGUCUGACUUGGUCUUUCUCUAACCCCAACAAUGCUGUCUAUAGUGCUUGUAGCCUUUAGCGUCUGGAUGUUUACAUACCUUCACGCAUAUAUAAUUUCAUAUAUAUGUUUUUUUUGCAUUCGUUCUUGAGGAAAAUCUAACCUUUUUUUAAUGAUUUGAAUAAACCUGGGAAAAAAUAAAAUAUAGAAUAUGAA